GACUGACAGUACCGCACUGUUCCGGAAAGUUUGAAUAUUGUCAGAGCUGAAGAUAGACAUGAAGCACCUGAACUACUUCACUCAGCGGAAUACAGGACAGUGUUCCUGCUCUGACAACAUGAAGUCCUGGUGGCUGCUGCUGUCCUCUCUGCUGCUCUUUGGGGUGAGAAGUGUCUCUCUACAGGAGAACAACAAACCCAAUUUUGUCCUGAUGAUGGUGGAUGAUAUGGGAAUUGGAGAUCUGGGCUGCUAUGGCAAUAAAACACUGAGUACUCCUAAUAUUGACCAGUUAGCACAGGAAGGAGUGAAGCUGACACAUCACAUCGCUGCAGCCAGCCUCUGCUCUCCCAGCAGAGCAGCAUUCCUCACAGGACGAUACCCGAUACGAUCAGGUGUAGCUGGAACUAGCAGACCUGGCGUCUUUAUAUUUAACGCAGCAUCUGGAGGUCUUCCCAGCUCAGAGGUGACUUUCGCAAAGAUCGCCAAGCAACAAGGCUAUGAGACUGCUCUGAUAGGAAAAUGGCACUUGGGGCUUAACUGUGAAAGCAGCAACGAUCACUGCCACCACCCGAGCAUCCACGGCUUCAACUAUUUCUUCGGCAUCCCUUUAACCAAUCUGCGGGACUGCCAGCCGGGCCGCGGCACUGUGUUCAUGCUCUAUAAAUACUUACCAUACAGGACGCUGGCUAUCAUCUUCCUCACUGCAGCUUUACUCCACUACUGCGGCUUCAUCACCAUCAGCAGACGGCUGAUCCUGAGCCUCGCCUGUCUGCUGUUCGCCGUCACAUGUUUGACGGCGGGAUUCAUUCAAGUCAUCCCGUAUCUUAACUGCGUGCUGAUGAGGGAUCGCAGAGUCGUGGAGCAGCCGUUCACAUCUGAAAACCUGACUCAGAGGAUGACUCACGAGGCGGUGGACUUCAUAGAAAGGAACUCAGCGAGGCCUUUCCUGCUGUUUUUCUCCUUCCUGCAGGUGCACACAGCCAUGUUUGCUUCAGAGCCGUUCAGAGGAACAAGCCGACACGGUAUCUAUGGAGACGCUGUCCAUGAGGUGGAUUGGAGUGUAGGUCAGAUCAUCCAGACUCUGGACAGGCUCCACCUGGCAGAGAACACUCUGGUCUACCUGACUUCAGACCAGGGGGCUCACCUGGAGGAGAUCUCUGCCAGAGGGGAAGUCCACAGAGGAUGGAACGGAAUAUAUAAAGCAGGGAAGUCCACAAAUUGGGAAGGAGGAAUCCGAGUCCCAGGAAUUCUGCGUUGGCCUGGUAAAAUCCCAGAUGGCAGGCAGGUGGACGAACCCACCAGCAACAUGGACCUGUUUCCUACAGUGGUGCGGCUGAGCGGAGCCACAGUCCCAAAGGACAGGGAGAUAGACGGUCAUGACAUCAUGGAUUUGCUUCAGGGGAGAGUUGAAAGGUCCAAGCACGAGUUUCUGUUCCAUUACUGCAACGCCUACUUAAACGCAGUCAGGUGGCACCCCCAAAACAGCAACGCAGUGUGGAAAGCUUUUUACUUCACACCAAACUUCUACCCGGAGAACGAGACUUCCUGCCUCCACACACAUGUCUGCUUCUGCACGUCGGAUCAUGUGACUUACCACAAUCCUCCGCUGCUCUUUGACCUGUCUAGGGACCCAACAGAGAGCACGCCGCUGACUCCUGACACUCAACCUGACUUUGACUCUAUCCUAGCAGUGAUGGAGGAGGCUGCACAGAGGCAUCAGAGCUCGGUGCAGCCUGUAGAGAGUCAGAUCUCUGCGUGGAACCUGAUGUGGAAGCCGUGGCUGCAGCCAUGCUGCUCCACACUCAGCCAGCUGUGUCAGUGCCAGCAGGACCUGCUCUCUGAUUCAUACUGACUGAAUCUGAGCUGUAUCUGCACUCCAAUCCUGACUCUACCAGGCAGUCCAUCUGCAGCUUCACUGGUACUUUCCCAACUCUAUCUAUAAAAUAGGAGGAGACACUGGUUGUUAUAGCAACGAGUCAUUUGCACAUGAAAUAAUGAAAUAGGCAGAAAAACUGUGGUCCGUCAAAUUCAGAUAAGCUUAAUUGACAAUGAAAGAUGAUUUAAGUGUUUCUUAUGAAUGGAACUUUGCAUCCGUUCUGUCCAAACAGCACAUAACACAGAUUGUUUUAAAGAAGCCAAAUUAAGUUCAACAUUUUAGGAAAUAUAAUUAUUGGUGCUUUCCAAGAAUGAGAUGAAAAGAUAAAUCUCAUAACAUUGUGUCCCACUGAAAUGUAAUAGGAUUUGUAUCUGCUACUGCAAACACAAUUAGAAACCAAAAGGGAAAGAUUUUAUAUUUUAAUAUUUUUUGGUUUAAUGAUGAAGCACCUUAGUUUUAUAAUAUAAUAAUUGAACUGAAUGUCAGGUGUGUA